GGGGAAAUAAAGUAAAAAAAAAUAGAGAGAGAAAAUAAAAAAACGAAAAGACAAAAAAUAAGAAUAAAAAUAAAAAUAACACAAUUUUUGGAAAAAAAGCGGAUGGCCUGCGGCAAAACGGAAAAGUGUGUAACUAAAAAAAAGAGGCCACUCUUUUGGGGAAACCUUGAGGGAUAUUUUCGUUCGUACAAUUGUGUUCACUUUUUGGGGGGAAAAAAUGAGCAGUGCAGGCAAAGUAGCAAAUGCAAAUGGCAGACACAAUGCGCUCAAAAGUAACAGCAGCAGUAGGGAAGAUGUGACCAAGGAGAGUACCAAAGGUGAUGAAGAGAGUGGCGAACUUGAGGGGGAUACACAAGAGGGUAAAGCAGAGAAUGCCACUACGAAUGACACACCUGGAGAGGGUAACCCCUCCGUGGAGGACCAAUCAACGGAAAGUGCAAAAACGAGCAGGAGUAACGAAGAUGCCCUGUUUCAUAUUAAAGACGGCUUAACGCAGCUAGAAAAAACGCUGAGCGGAGAGGGGUACGCCUUCAGCAACUUGACGUGUAAAAAUAAAAAUAUAAAUUGCAUCCCAAAGGAAAUAGAAAAAUAUAAACACCUCAAAUAUAUAAAUAUGUCUCAUAACAAAAUUGAAGGUAUAGACAAGCUGUACAGUCUGAGCAACGUCGUUUUUUUAGACCUUUCUAACAAUUCGAUUAAGGCUGUAAAGAAGAUGGAAAGCAAUUGCUUGAAAAAUUGCGUCUACAUGAAUUUAUCUCACAAUAUGAUUAAAAAGGUGGAGGAUAUAAAAAUGAAAAAUUUAAUAGAACUCGAUUUGUCCUACAAUAGCAUGGACAGUAUGAACAUCAGUCUGCCUAGCUGUCUAAAAAAAUUGAACCUCUCAAAUAAUAACAUAAAAAAGUUAGCUCUUAAAAAUCAGCUAGCCAAUUUGGAGGCCAUAGACUUGUCAUCCAACCCGAUAGAAAAUAUAGACUUUAGCGAAAUCACCCCAAACAUAAAUUACCUCAAAAUGAACAACAACAGUAGCAUGCCUAUGAGUCAGCUGAGUAACCUGAACAGCUUCAAGGGGCUGCAACGCCUGGACAUGGAAAACUAUCUGCAUUUCAAAGACAUAUCGUAUAAGGAGGUUAAGCAAAUUUUGGUCGCAAACACGAAGGAUAUUGCCCUGCAGAGGUUUAAUGGCAACCGCAUAGACAGGCAAGGCGCCGCGGGGCCCACCAGAAAGAACCCUUCCCAGUAG